AGUCAGGGGCGGGCUGGCACACACCUUCUUUACCUCCCUGAGGGGCUAGUGAGGUUUCUGUCUCUCGCAUCUGCUUUGUGGAGAGAACUACAUCCUCCCAGCUCGUGUGCCAUUUGAUGACUGUCCUCCCGGCGGCUGCCCCUAACAGCCCCUUGUCCUUCCUUCAAGAGUAGGGGGAGCACGAGCUGUUCAGACCUCCUGCAGAGUUCCAAGGGCCAGUGCUGACACAGACGACUGCUCCGUCCUUCUUACCAAGGAGCUUUUCCAUGAAGGGCAUUUCAUUCUGACUCUAAGAGUAGAGUAGCGAACUACUCUGCUUCAAGAACUAUUUCCCAUGGAGCCAGAAGCCUUAGAAAUUUGCCCCUACAACCCUCACCACCGAAUCCCACUUAGCAGAUUUCAGUACCACUUGGCUUCAUGCAGGAGAAAGAACCCCAAAAAAGCCAAAAAGAUGGCCAGCUGCAAAUACAAUGCCUGCCACGUGGUCCCCAUCAAGAAGCUGGAGGAGCACGAGGCUGCCUGUGCCAACAGAAGCAGGGCAGAGGAAGAGGACAGCCUGAGGCCUCUGAAAGUCAGCCUUCCAAGCUCAGAGCAGAACAGAAACGCCCCUGCAGUGUCCCCCUGGCUCCCCAACCUGGAUGGCUGGAAUGUCGAUAGCACAAACUGCCACCCCAUGUUUGUCCUUAAGACCUUUGUUCCCCAAAAGCUUGUCUGUGAAAGCGACACAAGAGAGUCAGAGAGAGACCACACCCUGUCCCUGACCACCCCCCCAGAAGAUCAUCAGAUCAGGAGAGUAAACCGCCAUCGACAGAAGGGAGAUACAGGCCUCUUAAGUUCAUGAAAGGAGAUGCAACUCACCAGAAUAAAAGGUGUAACAAGCAAACU